AGCAACUCCCAGGCCACCCUUGGGGCCCACCCUGGGAGUCUGGAAAGCUUCUUGCCCACAGCUGCAGGGCAUGACAGGCCAUCUUCAUGGAGCAUGAGUAGCAGGCAACAACUGAGCCAAAAGGGACUGAAGCAGCGGUGAACAAUUAUCAUGCUCAGUGCUGCAGAGGAAGUCAAAACUCCCUGGGAACCAGUGCCAAUCUGCCUUGGGGGAAGAUUCCUUCUUGACCCAGGUGCUACUGAUUUGCCAUUCUGAAAAUGAACUCUGGAAUUAAUGGACCCCGUGGAAACACAAAUCUCCUUGGAGAACCACAUCCCAUCCUGCUUGUUAGCCAGAGACAGCUGGACAGGACAACACAGGGUCAGCCAGGGCAAGUGCCAGUGGCACAACAGAUAGAGUCUCCAAGGAUGGUCAGGAUGAGAGCAACUGAGGGUUUUAAUGGUCACCGAGCUAAUGACCACACCAUUGUGCCCGUCAACCCCAAUCCAAUGGGGCUGUAGAGAAGAAAAAGAAUCUAAAUUACAAGACAACUUGGCAAGAAGUUUGCACAGACACUGGCAUGAAAUGUCAGGAUGUCCUUACCUCUCCGAGUGGUGCAGGCAAGCAGCAUUGAGAAUAGAGAAUAUGGGCUGUCAUCUUACCAGAUUUAAAUAGGCCAGCCCAUGUGCCUGAUGUACACAGCACCCUCGCGUCACAAAAAACAUAAAACUAGCAGGUAAUGUGCUUCUAAAGGAGAAGCACUUGGAAUAAUGACUCAAAAUGAUAGUAAAAGUCAGAGGCAUGAACAAAUAAUGGCACAGCAUGGCCCACACACCCCAUUUUUUCUCCUGAUGCCAUGCACUUGCAGGGGAGAAAGGUCUUCUAUGGCAGAUUUGGAAGGCAGUCAAGGUUGCCAGUACAGAACAGCGGACUGUGGCAUCAGCAGUCCACAGACUCCAUGGAUAGCAACCUGAGUGAGCAAUGCACUGUGAUGUCACAUCCCUCACUGCUUAUGUUUGGGCAUGAGUGGAGCCUGGCUCAGACUCACUCGUGCCUGGACUCCUGGCAAGCAUGCCUGGGAGGACUGGAAGCCCGUGAGGUCACUGGGUGCUGCUUUCAGCAACUCUCAGUUCUCAUUCACAAGACUUGGUCUGUUUCCUCAGCCCUACCUGGUUCAGGAAGCUGAGUACUGUGGGUGGUGCUUGCAGGAGCAGAGAGUGUCACACCAACAAGAGAGAGCAGCUGCUGUCCCCAGCUCUGCUGCAACAUGCAAACAUGGCCAUGGAGACAGAGUGGAACUGCCCCAUCUGCUGUGACAUUCCAGGUGAAAUCGCUUCUGUAACACCCUGUGUCCACCUGUUCUGCCUGGGCUGCAUUGUGCGGUGGGCCAAGAGCAAACCAUCGUGCCCCCUGUGCAGGCAGGCUAUCAACAGCAUCAUUUACUCUGUUCGGUCAGAAGAAGACUUUCUGGAGAUAGUUCUUCCAAGCCCCUCGGACUCAUCAGCUGCUCACCACCAGGAUGAGCAGGGGGCUGCAGAGUUGAUGCCCAGGGCUUAUGUAGCUGGCUUCCCACCUCAGGUCUGGGCAGAUUUUUUCCAGGACUGCUCAGAAGUCCUCGAGCCCUUGCUGCCCUGGCUGAACCAGGAGCUAUUGGAGCUGCUCAGGACCCGCUGGUGGGAAGUGGCUCUGGCACAGAGUGCCAUCGUAGCCAAUUUGUGCCGCUAUGGGCUGAGUGAGGAGGCCUUGGUCCGGGAGCUGCAACCCCUGCUGCAGGAGCAGACGGUGGCAUUUGUGCGCCGGCUCAUCGAUGUUGCAGCUGACAGGUGCAGUGAUGAGAUCCUACGGCAGAUGAAUCUCCUGAACUCCCAUGCUGAGGAGGAGGAAGAGGAGGAGGAGGAGGAGGAAGAGGGUCCCACAGCUAUCCCUGGCCCCUCUGCAUCCCCCCAGGGGAUUUGCCCUCCCACCCUGGCCUCAUCCUCCAGCCCUGUAGUCUCCAGCGUGGAAGUGGACGUUGGAACGUUGGAAGCCACCCUCCGCGGCGUGCCCGGGCGCUCUCCAUCCGCGCCUGUCCCUGCAGAGCAGGAGCAGCCCCCGGAGGAGCCCGGCAGCCGGGCAGCAGCAGUAGCAGGCCCCUCUGCCCAGGGCUACAGCCGCAGCACUUCCGCUCCGGGCCGGGACAGGGACUGCUUGCCCGAGGGGCUCCGGCGCCCAGCCAAGAGGAGGGCCUCUGGCCCUCAGGACUCUCCCCAGCCCCCGAAGAGGCCGUCCCGCCGCCGGCGGCACAAGCCAAGAACCCGUGAUAGUAGAAAAAGGAAAUAA